AUGGAUACCCCCGUAGCUGAUAAUGCUCAGCUAGAAUCGGAGGAGUCUCCGAAGGAAAUAGGUAGGGUAAAGGGUCGAGUAAGAUUCGACGCCAUUAGCCGGCAAGUCGGUCUGACUCCGCUAAACACCCAUCCAACCUUGCCCUUUGAAUGGGGAGACCCAAGUCAGAAGACUCCACAGAUAGCCAAUGGCAGCGAAGGACGUGAAAAGACCGCCGAUAGCGUAUGCGAAGAAGGGGACACAUCUCAAUCCGCUACUACUAUUAGAAGUGAGUGGGCCACCAUGUGUGUCUCAGGGUAUCCUAAGCCAGAGGAUACAGAACUCCCAGCCUACACCACCGAUAAAACCAGCGAAGAAGUGAACAGCUCUCGCGCCCCUAGUAGUACGGAAAGUAAUUGGAUCAACACGUGUGUCUCCGGACAUCCUAAGCCAGGAGCUACAGAGCUUCCAGCGGAUGCCUUAGUCGAUAUCCCACUUAGCACGGACAAGUCUACAAGGACCGUUCCCAUACACUUCGAUGGUUUUGAUCUCCCUCCAACAAAGCUCACGUCUCCGGAGAAACCAGUGUAUGAAUUGGAUGCCAUGGACUGGGCUCGAGCCGUCUUUCCCUGCUUGUUCGCGAGACGUUGA